AUGACGCGGACGAGGGAAGUUUGCACGAUGGAACAUCUCACAUCAGUUGUGACCGCGGGGUUGAAGAGAGCGGUCGUGCAGAACAGCCCCAGCCCUCGCCUGACGCUCGACGCAGCCGCUGUACCUCCCGGCGAUGAGUCUGUUAUACUAAAGGCGGAGACUCCGUCGGCCUCACUCGCUACUUAUAAAGUCCGCAGACGAAAUAACGUUUACGAGCGUUCACGGCGCGAUGGCUCAGAUUAUCGUUUAACUUUGAAACUCUGCCACAAUCACUGUCUUAAUAGGACCAGGGAACAAUGCGGCGGCUGGCUGACUCGGCUGGCUCGACGGAGAGAGGAAACGUGCGCCGACGCCGACACAAAGGACCCGCCGCCGCCUUAUCGGGCCGGAACGGAGCCGCGCGCCGCCGCCCGGCUGACGUAUGAGUACUGA